CACGCGGUGGUUCCGCUGUCUUGCGCAUUGUUCGCGGUAGUACCUAGCUACAGAACGGCGGUAGUACCGGUGUUAUCUAACGUCCCACCUCCAGCGCAUCAUUCAGCGCGGAUUUCAUCCGCGGGACCUCCGACAGCCUGCAUAGCCGUGGAUGAACCUGCCAGGGUAAAAAACAAAAAAAAAGCGGCUUUUGUGUGACUUGCUGUCAUAUUUGACUUAGGGAACGUGGGGGAAACACGUUAUGACAACGUAGACGAUUCUGUUCGCCUGUGUCUUUGUCUCUUUUUAACACUGCUGCGAAGAAUAGCAUGUGCAGAAAACACAGACCGACGGCGCGCACCAUCCUUCUGUCAGAUGAACCAAACUGGGAUAGGCACUGAAAACCCGUGUGAAAGCGAGGAACUAACUUAACCGAAACAAUUUGAGAGCUCCCCCUGCUGGACCGGAAGACAGUGUCUGAGGCUCUAGUCCUGCAGGUCAUGAGCGGUGUAAAGUGCCAUAUUGGACAGGAUGUGGAGAAACAGGGCAGCAAGCUGCCAAAGAAAUGGAAUGAUCCCAACAAGAUCCCCACAGAUCGGACUAUGGUGGUGGGGGGCGCUGCUGGAGCCAGAGACAGCUUAGAUGGCCCUGGCUGUCAACUGAAGAAGCGUAGACAACGCUAUGUAGAGAAGGACGGCAAGUGUAAUGUUCACCAUGGCAACGUGCGUGAGACCUACCGCUAUCUGACAGACAUCUUCACUACGCUGGUGGACCUGAAAUGGCGUUUCAACCUACUGGUGUUCACGCUGGUCUACACCACCACUUGGGUCUUCUUCGGCCUCAUCUGGUGGCUCAUCGCUUACUUGCGUGGCGACCUCGAUCAUGCAGGUGACAGAGACUGGACGCCCUGCGUCGACAAUCUCAACGGCUUUGUCUCCGCCUUCCUCUUCUCCAUUGAGACAGAGACAACCAUUGGCUAUGGCUACCGUGUCAUCACGGAGAAGUGUCCGGAAGGCAUCGUACUGCUGCUGGUGCAGGCCAUCCUGGGUUCCAUCGUCAAUGCCUUUAUGGUGGGCUGCAUGUUUGUGAAGAUCUCACAGCCCAAGAAGCGUGCCGAGACGCUGAUGUUCUCGCAGAACGCCGUCAUCUCAAUGCGGGACAACAAGCUGUGCCUGAUGUUCCGUGUGGGGGACUUACGCAACUCGCACAUCGUGGAGGCGUCAAUCCGCGCAAAGUUGAUCCGCUCCAAACAGACUAAGGAAGGAGAGUUCAUCCCCUUGAACCAGACAGACAUCAACGUGGGCUUUGACACGGGUGACGACCGCCUGUUCCUUGUGUCUCCACUCAUCAUCUGCCAUGAGUUCAACGAGAGUAGCCCCUUCUGGGAAAUCUCUCAAGAGCAGCUGGCACGAGAGGAGUUUGAGAUUGUAGUCAUUCUGGAGGGCAUGGUGGAAGCCACAGGGAUGACAUGCCAGGCACGCAGUUCAUACCUGGACUCUGAGGUGCUUUGGGGUGAACGUUUCACCCCAGUGCUCUCACUGGAGGAGGGAUUCUAUGAAGUAGACUACGACACUUUCCACCAUACCUACCCCACACCCACACCCACCUGCUCUGCCCGGGAACUAUCUGAGUUGGCUAAGAAAGGGGAGGCGAUCCCACUGCCCCCACUUUCACCUCCUGCCAGUGUGAGUGACACCCCAAAUCCCCAGUCACCCAGGGACAGGUGGGAGGAGGGAGCAGGACAGGAAGAAGGAGAAGAGGAGAAUGUUAGCAACGGUGAUGUGAAAAAAAUGGACACUGAAUAUGAAUGACACAAGCAGUGAGCAUCCUGCCAAAGGCCCUUAUAAUCCCUCUGUAGUGUGGCAAGGGAAGAGAACUCAAGGUUUUUGCAAUGGCAAAAUGAACUGUGGGAUUUAACUUUGCUAAUGCAGACCACUGCUCUGCACAACUGUCACACAAAUACUUGACCUGCAUUCACGCUUAUUAAGAUACUUACAGUGAUAUUACAAAAAUGUAGGUCUGUAUUACGCUGGGCCAUAUCAACUUCAAAUAAUUCAAUGCAGGCAAUCUCUGAAGAGAGACUAGAAUCAGAUGCUGUUUUACGAUAGCAUUAAUUGAAUACAUUUUUAGAUUAACUGUUUUAGCUGGUAAACAUGUAAUAAAGCACUUUCAGCAUGCUUUUCCCACAUUAAUUAUUUUAUUCUGUAUUAAUGUAUACAUUAUGUCUUCACUGUUUUAUGCAUUGUAUUGUGUUUGCUUUUGGGGUUUUAAGAUGUGUGUUUAAUUUGAACAUAUGCAGAUGUUAUGCUCAUCCUGUGUGUUUUUAACUGUAUUUAAUUUGAACCCAUACAUGUGAAAUGCUCAUCAUGUGUUCUGAACCAAGCAACAAUGCAUCACUUCUGAGUAAAUCUAACAUGAAAUUUCAGGUCUCAUGUUCUGCUCUCGGUGUAUUUAAUUUGGUCACACACCUGCAAUGUAUUGAUUUAUUGUGUAUGUAAAACAUUUCCCCUUCUAGCUAUCCAAUAAGCCUUCAACAUGAUCUAUAGCCCACUGC